AUGAAUAAAGCAGCUGGCCACUUCUUCAUCUUCAAUGGCGUGUGCUUCGGUUUCUGCAUGUCUCGUAUCACCACUUUCGUAAUGCGGAUUGAAUGGGCGCAGAAUCCAACAAGCAUCAGUAUCGCAAUCGCUGCCAAUGUUUUCGUCUCCGCGGGUGUUAUAUUACUAUACGUUAUCAACAUGAAUUUCUGCCAGCGUACAGUACGAGGAUAUCACCCACGCUUUUAUAACAGCAAACUAUUCAAGAAUGUUUUUCUUGCGUAUUAUAUCUCGCUCAUCGCAGUCCUUAUAAUGGUGAUUGUGACUACGGUACAAUCAUUUUAUACCCUCAACCCCUCGGUUUUGAAGGCAGAUAUGAACGUCCGGAAGUUCGGUGUCAUGUGGUUCCUUAUUUUCUGCUUUGCACCAAUCCCGAUAACUUUGACCGCAAUUUUCAUGCCCUCAACCACUGAACCGCAAAACUUCGGGAAGAAAGGAAGCUUGAAAACGAAAGCAAUCACGGUUAUAACCGUGUCAGCUUUUCUGACUUUGAGUACCGGAGUUCGCGCUGCCUCAACAUUAGGACCUUUACGUCCAUCCAGCGACCCAGCUUGGUAUAACAAGCGUGCAGCGUUCUAUGUUUUCCUCGCUACACUCGAGGUUUUGGUGGUUAUGAUAUUCGCCGUUAUGAGGGUGGAUCAGCGAUUUUUUGUUCCUGGAAAGGCUGAAGCAGAACGUGAGGCUGAUGCCGAGUCGAAAACAUCCGAGGGAACCGCGCGCCAAGUCUGA